CCUGACACCUUUCUUUAUUCUUGUUAUUAUUAUCCUUAUAUUUUUGCUUAUAGCUGAUUAAAACUAAAAUAAAUAUGUCCAGAAAACAAAAAGAUUUAACAAGCUCUAAGAAGAGACGAAGAAAGAGUGAAAUUUCUAGUUCAAUGGAAAAUGAAUUUAUCGAACUAGAAAUCAGCAAAUUUUGCCCUAAGCGAAUAUUUGACGUUAUUCUUAUAAACGGAAACGAUGAAGUGUCUACGAAUACCUUAAAGAACAUUAUAGAAACGGCAAAAAGUUUCGAAAUGAUGAUUUCUUUAACUUUUAUACCUUAUGCCGAUGUUUUAAAUGUAUUAGAGAAUUUUGAUGAUAGUGUUUUACCAGACCAUAUUAAGAGUCUCAUAAAUGAUUUGAUAGAUGAUAUUAGUAAAACUUUUAACUAUUUAAAACCAGAAAAUUAUCCAGCUUCCAGGUUAGCAAUGUUAAUGAAAAUUAAAUUAAUUGAGGUAAUGUGUCGUCUUCGAAAGAAAGAAUUGGAGAAACUAGAACAAAGAUCUAAUUUAAAUAAGGCAUUAGAAAUAUUGACAAAGGAAUGCAGAAAAGGAACUAAAGAUAGCCAUUUUGAGAUUAAAGAUAAAAAAAGCUUAAAAGACAUUCAAAACUCAAGCGGUUUCUUAAAUACAGAAAGUGAGGUUGUUUUUGACGACGAUAUAUUUAACCAUGUAUCUUUUUAUGUAUUUGAAGGAGUUUUUAGUGUUAAGACUCUGGUAAACUUUGUGAAUUUUACAAGACAAUCCAUAACAGCCAUAAUAAAAUUUAAAGAUGAAACUAAACCCCCAAUUGAUAAUUCCCAAGCGUAUUCACAUAGAAGGUUUUGGGCAGAUCUAGACGACUUCCUCUACGGUCACUUGCGUUCGGAACCACUAGAAAACACAAUGUUAAUGGCUUAUAACGUCAACGACGAUGAUAACACUGCAAUCUUUGAAGAUCUGUGGCAUAUGAUCAAAACUAUAUCUGAUAUAAAGCUUCAGCACUUACAUUAUAUUAGACACGUAAAAAUGUACAAAGCGAAGGAAUAUGAUUAUUUACCGUUGCAAUGCUUAAACACUUAUAAUAAAAUUAUGCAUAAUAUUCCUUUGGAAGUGUGUAAUGAAGUAGUUGUUUUAAGUAGUAUAUUGGAAGAAGUUUGCGAAAGAACAGAUAAUAGCAAUAUACAUGACAGAUACAGUCUCAAAGAUAUUACAUCUAAAAUUUCAAUUCCAUAUUCAGCUAGAACUUGUUUGGAUGUUCGCAAUGUUGAAGAUCAUUAUACAAAAUCUGUAGGAAAUGGAAAUACUGGAAAAGAAGCAUUUCAGUUUUAUGAUGGAGACUAUCUAAACAUGACUUUAGAUAUGUAUAAACCCUCGGGAAAAGUUGUUCAAGAGCUUGCACUAAAUGUUCUGAAGAUAUUGAAACCUUUUUCUCUCCUGCAAUAUGAAUAUCCAAAUGCAGAAAUAAUUCACAAGCACGACUUGGCCCCGUCUGUUCGAACAUUAACACCAAAAGAUUAUAAUGCCAUAGAUACGUUUCUGAAAUUGAUGAUACUUGCUGCCAUUAAACGCAAAUCUGAAGAACCAAUAGAAGAGAAAAGAAUACCUUAUCAUGACUUGAUCUGUUACGAUAGUAAAGCUUUUCGAAAAAGUACGAAAAUCCUAACUUAUAACGGGAACAGUCAAACAAAAUUUCCUGUCGAUGUUACGUUUCGGCCAAGUCCGAUGGACUAUUAUUGGAAAGAAAAAUAUCCGCCAAGUGUAAUGAUUCAAACUUUAUAUGAAGUUCAGCAACAAUUUGCGUACAUGGAUGCAGUGUAUUGUUCCGAAAUUGAUCGACUGCUGUUGUCGUUUCACGAUGACUUGGAUGAUUUUGGCAUAAACACAAAAAUUUACGAUGAAACUAUUUGUACUCCUGUUUGUCUACGGGAUUUCUGCAGAUAUAUUGUUAAGAGUGAAGCUAAAUGGUUAAGGCAUAACGAACAUCCUACCUACGUUAGAAAAAUUGAAGAAUCUGAAGAAUGCCCGGGAGUAAAGAAAAUUCGAAGGUUAAACAUGUUUCCAGAGUACAGCAAUCUUCUUGAAACCGCCGAAGAAUCCGACGUAUGUCUCAUGUCCAAGAAAACUCGUAGUUAUGGCAUGUCUCCAGUAGUGGGUAAACCUGAAUCAGACGUAAUCCUUGAAGAAAGCAAUGUAGAUGACAGUGGUGUAUGUAUUGCAAAGAAAAUAGAGGAAGAUAUGGAAGUAACAUUUGAUGAAAUGUUAAAUGAGUUGGAAAAUUAUCCCAAUAAUCGAAAUCUAUUUGCAGAAUAUUCAAAAUCCAAUUUUCCUAAAGAAUUUUUAGCUUAUGAUAUCUCUGGAACAACAUAUUUUGCUGUUAGCGGAGCUAGAACAAUAUUUGCAAGCCAUGAUGGCAUAAAAAUUACUGUAGACAACACCAAACUGAUUGAUGAAAAUAGUAAAUGCACAAUUAAUUUGCAAUAUUUGGAAAACAAUCUGAUCUUACAUUCAAACGAAAUGUUCAAGAACUUUUAUACUUUUCAUUGGAUUAUUGCAGAUGAUACAAAAAUUAUGUUUGAAAUAUCCAAAUCUAAGAAAAAAGGCGUAAAAAUAUCUGAAAGUGAGAUCUACGAUACAAACUCAACAGACACAGUACCAAAAGAAUCAGAAAAAUCUAAAAAAUUAGGUAUUGGUAAGAUGAAAGUUAAAACUUUGGAUGAAGAACAUUUUAGAAGUAAACUUUUCGACGAUUUCUUAAGACAUCGCGAAGCAUCAAAUGCAGAUAGUAAAACUGAAGAGAGCAGAGGAACCUUGGAUAAGUCUAGAGAAAGUGUAACUAUAGAUAUUUUUGAGGGGCUGAACGAAGCAGUAACGAAAAAUCUUCCAGUUUAUAAAGUUCACAAAGAUUACGAAACACUUGUGUUAAAGAAACCAAUUGUACACAUUCCUAUGGUUAAUAUUCUGCGAAGAGUCCUGCAUGAUUCUAAUAAAAAAGAGUAUCAAACUGAUAUUCCAAUGGGAAAAUCAAAAAAAUAUACACCUACUCAGUCUUCUGAGCUAACGACUGCAAUCGAGGACGCUAUGUCGUUUCGAAUAACACUCCCAAAUGGUAUAUAUGUGACCUGUUAUUUAUCUCAGAUUAGGGAGAAGUUGGUAGAGAUUAAGCAGGAGCAGUUAUCGACCGAUAUUAAAGUUCUAAGACUAGAAGAAUUUAGACUCUUUACUAGAGAAGGAUAUAUCCUUAUUAAAAAAAUCGAUGGUACAAUUACCAUACUGAUGUCAAAUGGAAAUCAAAUAAAUUUUGAGAAACCAGACACAAACAUCGAAGAAAUCAGACAAUCCACGCUUAAACAAUAUCACUGCAAAACUUUAAACGACUAUAGAAAGAAACUAAAUAAGAGCAUGCAAAGUAAUGGAGUAGCUAGUGCUUACUAUAUUAGUAGACGAGCAGCUUUAGAAACAAGAAAGGGUUAUGUCAUUGACAAAGAUCUUAAAAAAGUUCUGGAAAGUGCUAGACUACCAUAUUUAAAAAAAACUUUGUUGCGUUUUGACGGAACUAGAAGCGUCUUAUCGCAUAAUAAAAUAAAACAAAAGAAGCUGUAUCACAUUGUGUCUGAAGAAGAUUACGUCGAAGAAGAGAUCUAUUAUGAGAGAGAAGAUGGCUUUAAAAGUCUUUUAGAAAAAUCCGGCAAUCGAGUUGUUGAAUUUGCGGAUGGUACCAGAAUACAUACAUCAGUAGACGUGGCUCCAGACUUGGUUGAUGGUUACGUCUAUAUAAACCUCUACUACAAGUAUGAACAUCCUCAUUACGUCACUGUCGAAUAUGAAGAAGACGACUUAAUGCGAAUCCUUAUGAAUAAUGAUGUAGUCUUAGAAAAAAAGGCUAAUGAUAAUAUUACUUUAAGUAUCGGCAAAGAAGCUUCAACUUCUGUUACUUCAGAAGAAGUAAAAUUCAUAAAAAAAUGUAAUGACUGCAAUUCUCAGUACACCUGCUCGUUCAAUAUAGCUCCGUUUCACACAAACAGCUUGAAUUUUUAUGCCGAAUUUGCUCAUGCCGAAGAUAGUUACCAAAAGCAUUUCUACAUAGAUUACGCAGGUCACUGCAAAAAGAAUGCUUCCUUUACGAGUGGACCAAUAAACACAUUUGAUUGUAACCACGGCAUUAAAAAUACUUAUAAAAAGUUGUUCUCCUUAAAGAAAACCUUUUCUGGGGAACAGUUUUUAACCGAUGAUAUGGUAGACCUACUGAAGACUCAAGAGAGAAGAAAAGAAAAUACCGUUAUAGAUGAAAAGAAAGGAGACGGAAAGCAUAUUAAUAAUUUAACUGUACAAUUUAGUACAAAGCAUUACGAGAGUUUUUCUGAUAGGUAUUUAUCCAAAUCUGUAGUAAGGUCUGAAGUCAACUUAACAAAGUAUAAACAGAAAACUUGUGGACCCCUUCAUUACCUUACCAAAAAAUGUUUAAUUCGAAUGCUUACCACAGAAACAUUGGUAGCUUUACUAGCAGAAAUGCAAAAAUAUUUCAUAGAAAACAAAAUAAACAACAAUGUAAAAGGUUUCAUAGAUUUGUUCGCCAACGAAAAAAAAGGCGAAGUUUCAGUAGAAGCUAAGAAAUCGUUAGAAAGGCGCGUUAAAUUUUUGGCUGAAGAAGAGCAAAAGAGUAAAUUAAAAAAACAAAAAGAUAUCGUUGCUGAAAAGAUUUUGAAAUGGAAGGAUGAGUGUAAUAAAUACAGAGAGUUAAUCAGAAUGAAACGUUGUCCAUUUUAUUUUGAUUCAGAGUUGUAUGCAAUAUAUAAAUAAAAAAGAUUAAUUACUA